AUGUCGAACGGCGACGACAAGAAUGUAUUCAAUGAGCGCCUGAUAGACGCUGUUGAAAAAGAGCGCGCCCUGUGGGAUUUACAGGAUCGCAUGUACAAGUCCCGCAGCGUAUGCGAGGCAGCGUGGCGGCGCGUAGCAGCAGAUCUUGGAGCGACCGUUUCUGACGUGAAAGCCCGCUGGAAAAAUCUGCGGGACACAUUCCGGCGUGUGCUUAAAAGUCGCAGCGAAAUGUCCAAGAGCGGCGCGCCCGCAGACAGCCUCGACGAGGAGAAGCAAUGGAUUUUUUUUGUUCGUCUACUAUUUCUAAAGGACACAAUGACAGGAAGACCGACAUCAGGCAACCUCAAGCCAGUUGCUGAGGAUGACGUGAACAGUGUAGGUGGCACCGGCCUCAAUGAAUCAGCCCAACAAAUCUUCGAAGAAAUGUAUCAGGAUGAUGAGUUGUCGGUCGAAGAGGCGUACUGCAUCUCCCAAUUUGGUGACACUGUGAACCAGGGCUUCAGUAGACCGUAA